AUGGCCGAAGACUCUCGUCCAGUCGCCAAAACGAGCGGCGGGAACAAUGCCUUCCACAACUUCCACAACGACUUCGCCCACAUCGCCGACCCCAACGAACGCCGCCGUCUCGCCCUCGCAGAAAUUGAUAAAGCGCCUUUUGGCUGGUAUCAUGUACGAGCAUGUAUCGUCGCAGGUGUCGGUUUCUUCACAGAUUCCUACGACAUCUUCUGCGUGUCCAUGCUGACUAUCAUGCUCGGCAUCGUGUACUACCCUUCCAAGGGCAAGUUGCCUACCAGCUCUGAUAAUGCUAUCAAGCUUUCAACUUCUGCUGGUACUGUGCUUGGACAGCUUGGAUUUGGUAUGAUGGCCGAUAUUGUGGGCAGAAAGCGCAUGUAUGGCCUGGAGUUGAUCGUUAUCAUCUUCGCUACCCUUGCUCAGGCCUUGACGGCUGGUUCGCCUUCGACGUCUCUUGUUGGACUUAUCAUCUUCUGGAGAGUCAUCAUGGGAGUCGGUAUCGGUGGUGAUUAUCCCCUUUCUUCCAUCAUUACUUCUGAGUUCGCCACCACCAAGUGGAGAGGUGCCAUGAUGGCUGCUGUAUUUGCCAUGCAAGGUAUUGGUCAACUCGUAGCAGCUCUUGUCAUGAUGUUCCUUACUCUUGGCUUCAAGUCUUCUCUUGAGGGGGCUCCUGAUACAAAGAGCUGCACCGGAGACUGCCAAGUUGCCGUCGACAAAAUGUGGCGAACACUCGUUGGCUUCGGUGCAGUUCCUGCCUAUCGUCUCACCAUCCCUGAGACCCCCCGUUAUACCUUCGACGUAGCCCGCGACGUCGAACAGGCAGACGAGGACGUUAAAGCUUACAUAAACGGCAAGCGAGAAGGCAGCACCGACGAAGUUUCACGUGCUCAAGUCCAUGCCAGUGCAAAGCAGAAUCUCGAAGUUCCCAAGGCCAGCUGGAGAGACUUCUUCCAGCACUACAGCAAGUGGAAGAACGCUUCUCUCCUUCUCGGAACAGCUGGUUCAUGGUUCUGUCUUGAUGUGGCUUUCUAUGGUCUCUCUUUGAAUAACGGUACUAUUCUCAAGGUUAUUGGUUAUUCUACCAAGGAUGCCAACAAUGUCUAUGAGUUUCUGUACAACACCGCUGUUGGAAACAUCAUUAUUGUACUCGCAGGAGCUGUACCAGGCUACUGGGUUUCUGUUGCAACUAUUGAUACUCUUGGACGAAAGACUAUUCAACUUGGUGGCUUUAUUAUCUUGACUAUUCUUUUCAUCGUUAUGGGAUUUGCUUACAAUCACAUCCCUUCCAACGGUCUUCUGGCAAUCUACGUCCUUGCUCAAUUCUUUUUCAACUUCGGCCCCAACACGACGACUUUUAUCGUUCCCGGAGAAGUCUUCCCAACUCGCUACCGUUCAACCUCUCAUGGUAUCUCCGCCGCCUCCGGAAAGGUUGGUUCUAUCAUUGGUCAAGGAGCCAUCUCUAUCCUUCGAACUCAUGGUGCAACUGAUAAGAACGAAGCGCCUUGGAUGGACCACGUUCUUGAAAUUUACGCUUUGUUCAUGCUUCUGGGUAUCCUCACUACACUCUUGAUUCCUGAGACUGCAAGGAAGACACUUGAGGAGCUCUCUGGUGAGGAUGAUUACGCUAGUGCUGAUCAUGCAGAGAGUGAGGUUCAGAGGGGUCAAGACAAGGCUGGACGAACCAGCGUUUAG